AUGCUAGCGGCCAUCAAUCCCACACAACACCUCGAGAGUCGCCGACGGCCUGUCAACCCCUCCCUGCAGCGAGACGAGCACGGCGGCCUCAGGCACUUUGGCAAUCGGCGCCUAGGGUCUUCUGCACGGGCCCGCUUUCGGGUACUGCGCACCUACGCGAAGGAAGGGCAGGAAGGCAAGAGCUUCAACAGCCAUCGACUUUGUUUCUUCGCAGUGCAAAACAGUCCAAGGCCCAGAACCGGCUUCAAGUGGCCUCGAGCAGUCCGCCGCGCCACGUUUCCCUUCUGCGCAUUGUGUAGCCGACCACAAGACAAUGGCGAAAUGGGCUGA